GCGUAAGUGAGGAAACGGAUAUACGCAACGUAGCGGAAGAAAAUGUAUACAAUGGCAAUUUGGAAAUCAAUUAAGUUAUGAAAAAAGAGCAUUAAUUGCCUUUCUUUGUGGUCGAUGUGUUCUGGGAUGGCGGACUGAGAGCAGUAGCGCCCCGUCAGACGCCGCUGUUUUGCCUCGACGGGAACCGUUAUUUGACGCGUCAGGCAGAAAGAGCAGUGCUUUUAAAGGAUACUUUGGAGAAUGAGUUGAUUGUUUUCGAGGGAAUCCAGAGGAGGUUGCAAAUAAAAAGGCUAACUGGAAGAUGCCAAGAAGAAAACAACAGAAUCCACAACCAGUCAAGUUGGAUUCUGAAGAUGGUUUAGGCACUGUGCGUCCAGCAAGCCUUACCUUUGAGAGCGACUUUCUCCUGGGACAAGAACUCGAGUUUUCAGAUCCUGACAAUGACAGCAAGAUCAUAGGCCUUGAAAAGUUCUCAGCUGACAUCAGUUUGCCUGGCUUCCCCCUGGGAGACGAGGAGAGCUCCCCCUUCAGCCGCCUCAGUAUGGAGAGUGACGCUGACGACCUGCGUGCGACCGAAAGCGAGCGUGAAGAGAGGGUUUCUGAGUCUGCCUUUCCCUCUUACCUCUCUUGCAGGGGCUGUGGUCAGCUCCUGGAAGACCCCCUGGGACCAGGCAUGGACUUGGUGGGGCUCUUCUGCAUGCGCUGCUGCAAAGGAAAUGUGGAUGGUGUUGCAGACAGGAAGCUCUGCUCGGGCUUAGGCUUACAAGCGGAGUCUAGAGGGGGAGGGAAUGAGGGCGAUGCUGGCGAGGAUGGUUCCCUGAAGCUCCACUCAUGCACGCUCUGUGGUUUCUCAUCGCGCUACACCAACCACAUUAAGAGACACAUGAAGACACACAAUGGCGAAAAGCCGUACGGGUGUCCACUGUGCUCCUAUGCAUCGGCACAACUAGUGAACCUGCAAAGGCACUUGCGCAUACACACAGGGGAAAAGCCCUAUAAGUGCAACCACUGCACGUUUGCAUGCAGUUCCUUAGGGAACCUGAAGAGGCACCAGCGCAUGCAUGCAGCUGUAAGCCCGGGUCAGAGUGUCCCUCAGCCAGUAAGUGGCAAUGGUUUAAAUCACACCACCGCAAGUCAGAAGGAAAAGAAAGCGGCUCCUGUCCCCUCUGAAGUUGCAGGUGCUGUGCAGUCUGCCUUGCGACCCCACGUGGGAAGGGAUGGGAACUACUUGCACACCCUUGAUGGCCUGAGGCUUCCACAGCAGUCAUCGGCAGGGGUGUUGCAGUCAGGACAGGCUGCUUCUGAACCUGCCACUCUACCCCCCAUAUUCUUCCCCUUCACUUGUCGGCUGUGCGGCAUGGCCCUGGAUGACGAGGAUGGAUCCUCGGCCCAGAUAUGUGCAAAGUGCACCUUGGAAAUGCUAACUAAGGACACACCCGGAUGCCCCGCUGAGCGAGGGGACAAAGUCUACACCUGUGCUGCCUGCCCCUUCCUCACCCACUACCCGAACCACCUGGCCCGCCACAUGAAGACCCACAGUGGAGAGAAGCCAUACAAGUGCCCGCAGUGCAACUACGCCUCCGCCCACUUCGACAACCUCAAGCGGCACCAUCGAGUACACACCGGCGAGAAACCCUACAAGUGCCACCUGUGUGACUAUGCCUGCGGCAACCUGGCUAAUCUCAAGAGGCACCAGCGGGUGCAUUCAGGUGCCAAACCCUUUCAGUGCGCCAUCUGCAACUACAGCUGCAACCAGAGUAUGAAUCUGAAGCGGCACAUGUUGCGCCACACGGGUGAGAAGCCCCAUAAGUGCCAAGAGUGUGGCUACACCACUGGCCACUGGGACAACUACAAACGACAUCAGAAGAAGCACAGCCUGACUACAGGUGGCUGGGUUAAAGUGCAGAUGCCUGGAAAUGAGGAAGAGUUGGAGGACGAGGAAGACGAAGAGGUGUAGCCUCUUAUUGCAAGACAGUCGUCCAUAUGAGAUUUUACUGUUACAGCAUAAGUUUUGUUGGUUGUUCUUCUUUUUCUUUGUGCCAAGAGUUAUUUUGAAAGUCAUUAUUUUAGACUCUUGGAAUUAUCCUCAAGCUGCUACAUGAAGUCAUGCACAAAUUAAAAGACAGUUACCUGAAUGUCCUAAUGCACGGUUUGUCCAGUCUUGCUCCUGAAGGGCCGACCUUCCUUCAGACUCUAAAUAAACACACCUGAAACGUCUAAUCAAGGACUUUAGGAUUACUUGAAACUUCCUGCCAGGUUUGUGAGAGAUGGUUGGCGCUAAACUCUGCAGGAAGGUGGUCCUCCUGGAGCAGGUUUGGACAAUCCUGAUUAAUGCCUUUGAACAAGGCAGUUUGUGUUUCCCAAAGCUCUCUAAGAGCAUUCUGAGCCUGAUUGUGGUUCAUUUAUCAGUGCCAAACAGACACUACUGCACCACUGCCAUAGGAAGUACUUCUUUAAGCCUGGAGCUACAUUGCAUGCACUUAAGUUUACCUUGGUUGGCUUUUUUGAGGUUUUAUGUGAUUGAUCAUUUGUCCGUCAAACAUCUUCUCAAGCCUACUGAUGAAAAUGUCUUCACGAAUGAGCAUUAUGCUGUGAUCUUUGAUCAUCUUGUUUUUGCUCUCAAUAGUUUUGAGGGGUUGUGUUGCCUUUUAUUGUGUAUCUUCUUGAACGUGAAAAAUGCCAUUUGUCUGAGUUUACUUGAAGCAAAAAUGGUGCAUAGUGGGUAUUUGUGUCAUGCUGAACAUAGAGCUUUUAUUUUUGUAUGUGAUUUUAUUUUUUAUCUCCGAGGAAUGUUUGGCAUGUAUUUGCCACCCAUGGCAUCAUUAGCUAUACUGAAAAACAACAGUAACCGUAAACCCUAAUAUGCAGUUAAACCUUCAGGUUGCCAAAAACGUCUGAACAUUGAUGCUUGAGUGUUUUGUUAUUAUGCAGUGGUUUCAUUAAUGCCUUAAAUAUCCUCAAAUAAAAGAGUUUGUGUCGAAACUUCCUUGUCUCAA